AUGAAACUACUUGUGUCCAUUUCGCUUUCUGUAUCCCAAAAUGCUUCUAUUAUGAUAUUUCAGUGUGUCGACCGAGUACUGAGCGCUGCUGUCGGUGAGCUGAAUGCAUUCGCAGUGAUUCGCCCACCAGGCCAUCAUGCUGGCAUAUCCGAGCCCAGUGGUUUUUGCAUUUUCAACAACGUAGCCGUCGCGACGAAGGUGAGUUGUUUCUUCAGUUACAGUUUCUGUUCAGCGUUGUACAAUUUGUUUCCGAGUCAGAUUUCAAAACACAUGUUUCUUCGAGAGGACAACAGAGUGCUAUACAUGUCGGUCCAUCGUCAUGACAAUGGGCUUUUUUACCCAGUGGGCGAUACAAAGGACUAUGUAAAUGUUGGGAAAGGAAAAGGAAAAGGUUAUUCAUUUAACCUACCGUGGAAUCACGGCAGAAUCGAUGACGAAGCUUAUCGUGCUGCAUUCGGAAAAGUGAUUAUGCCAAUUGCUUAUGAAUUCAAUCCUGAGUUGGUGUUCAUCUCGGCCGGCUUCGAUGCUGCUACUGGUGACCCCCUAGGUGAAUGCAUGGUUAAUCCUGAUACGUUUGCUCUAAUGACCUAUCAAUUGACGGCGCUGGCCGGUGGCCGAGUUGUUGUUGUGCUGGAAGGAGGUUGGUUUCGUGAUUACUACUCCACUACACCGUUUCUAUCUUUAUUCAUUGUCUAG